GAAAUUCGUUGAAAUUUCGUAGAGAGAGCGCUAAGUUUUCAUAACAUUACGAAAUAUAAAAACAUGAAUUAAAUUGCAUAUUAUGUAUCAAUGAAUUUCAUUACCUGCGUAUUUUCAAUGUUUCCUUCCUAAUCGACUAAUUACGUUUUAUUUCAUGAUUAUUUCAACACUGGAGCCAUGAACGACGAAGCAGCGAAACAGGUUAUGUCUCGAAACAUCAAACUGCAUCAAACAGCAUUUCCUAACCUAGAAACUGAUAAUCGGAGCAGCAAUCAUCGCCGCGGGUGGAGUGAUUACUCCGAAUAUUGAAAAUCAGUUCAAAAUCAUGAAAAUGUUGAUGGAAAAUCAUACUCACCGGGAUAAUAGUGAUAAAUCAUCAUGAGUAAUUAAUAUAAAUAAUAAUUUGCUCUUUAGAACCUGAUAAUUAGUGAAAAGCGAUGAGGGAAGACUGCUAACCACUCCUAGUAGAUCAUCCGAUACCCAGCACAGGAAAUCCGUAGAACUGACGUUUAUUUUUAAUUUUGUGGUCGGUCUGUACUCGAUGACAGUGACUUUGUCAUUACCAAAAUAAUUCGGGAAAAAUGAGAACAAUAGAAAGAGUGUCGUACUGCGCCCUGGCAGGUGCAAUUCGCCUGUUGCUGAUGAACUCGGAGUUUCAAAAAAUCAUCAGCGACAGGGUCGAGGUCUCCACCGCCCUGAACUCGUGGAAACGAGUGACAGAGGGUGUUCACUUGAGAAACUCCAACAUCGACCCCUACACAGGUGAUUUGUUUCACGAGACACCGGUGGGUCUCUUGGCAUUCACCUACAUCCACGAGUAUUUAUCAAUCUGGGGUGUCAAGUGUCUCUUCGUGCUCGCCGACUUGAUUACUGCCUGGUGUCUGUUCGCUACUGCCCGGCAUUAUGUCGUGGAACUUGCGAAACACGAGAGAGAAAACUCAAGGACAGAAUCGAAGGACGCUGAGAUUUGCUACACCCCUAUCUCGAAGAUCGCGAGAACAUCAGUACUGUACGUGCCAGCGGCCUACCUCUUCAAUCCCUUCAUCGUCCUGAACUGCGUGGGGCUUACCACAACAGUAUUUACGAACCUGCUCUUCUCAGCGACGUUGCUCUCAAUGAUAAAGAAGUCGAAAGUGGGCAGUUGCUUCCUGAUAGCCCUGGUCACCCUCCAGGGGCUAUACCCCAUGGCCCUCAUGGUCCCAGCGACGAUCUACAUCGCCAAGGACCUCCCCGAGGGCAAGAGGCUCCUCCCAAUAACGCAGAUGGUCCUCUUGUUCUCAUUCUUCAUUGGAAGCCUCUUUUACCUGUCGUUCCUCAUCAUGGGGAACUGGAACUUCAUUGGAAAUACCAUGGGCUUCAUCCUGACAGUUCCUGAUCUCCGACCCAACAUCGGAUUGUACUGGUACUUCUUUACGGAGAUGUUCGAACAUUUCAGGUGGCUCUUCAUCGCCUCGUUCCAAAUAAAUGUCGGCAUUUUGUACAUUGUUCCUCUCGCUCUGAGGCUCAGGAAGGAUCCCAUGCUCCUUGCAUUCGCUUAUUUAGCUAUUGAAGCGAUCUUCAAGUCGUAUCCCUGCAUUGGAGACGUUGGAUUCUACAUGGCUUUGCUGCCUCUGUGGCAACAUUUGUUCAAACACAUGCAGCAAGGCUUCCUCGUCGGCUGUUUCAUGCUCUUCUGCACAGUAUUUGCUCCAACAGUCUGGCACCAGUGGAUCUACUCGAGAUCAGCAAAUGCCAAUUUUUAUUUCGGUGUCACUCUAGCAUUCGCCAUCGCUCAAAUAUUUCUACUGACAGAUAUACUGUUCGCUAGUGUUAAAAGAGAGCUGGCACUCCGUCAUGGAUUGUCUACAGAGAUCAACGGAAGAAAAGCUCAACUUAUUUUGGAGUAACUCCGAAGUCAGAACAAAACGAAAUUCAAUUUCACAAAACUCAAAAAUUCCUGCUGUUCCCUGCGAAACAACAGUAGCUGUAAGACCUAGAAGAUAAUUAGAGAUAACGAAUGAAUUGAAUACCGAGUGAAUGAGCAAUUGGAUCGAUACUAUGUGUUCUUUGAUUACGUAAAUAAUUCUUAAUCAGUCAUGAUGAAAUAAAACUUUGAUAAAAAU